AUGUCGAAGCGCAAGCAACAGUCAGAAGACAAGGCUAUCACCAACUCCAGUGGCAACGCCCACGUAGAAGAAGACUCAGGCGACUCGGACGAAGACUUCGAGACUCUCGAUGUGGAUUUCGAGUGGUUCGAUCCCAGCCCCGAGAUCGAUUUCCAUGGCAUCAAGUCUCUACUGAACCAGCUCUUCGACAUCGACGCCGUCAACCUCAACAUCUCCGCCCUCACAGAUCUGAUUCUUAGCCAGCCUACUCUCGGAUCGACAGUAAAAGUCGACGGGCAGGAAACGGACGCUUAUGCAUUCUUGUCGGUCAUAAACUUGCACACACACACCACUGCCGAUGGCAGCAAGCCAUUCGUGGCGGAACUGGCAUCAUACCUACGCUCUCGCAGCGCGAGCAAUACUCAACUUAGCACUCUAACAACCCUGCUAUCACAAACGCCACUCCCAAAGAUCGGCUUGAUACUCACAGACCGCCUCAUCAACUGCCCCGCAGAAGUCGCACCGCCCAUGUACGCCUUCCUGCCGGAGGAGAUCGCCUGGGCUGUCCAGGAAGGCGAGCCAUACGAGUUCACGCAUUACCUCAUCGUAAGCAAGACUUACACGGAAAUCGCAUCACAACUCGACAAUGGUGAAGAUGAGCGACCGAAGAAGAAGAAGAAGCAGAAAGGUGGCAGCGGUGGAUCUGGAGGAGGGGCAUUCGAGACGAUGUACUUCCAUCCCGAGGACGAAGUCUUUGAGCGAUAUGCACUGUGUGCGGGUGGUUAUGAGUACGCGACGCAGCGGGACGAGGGAACGAGCGAUUCAAAGAGGGCUUUUCAGGAGAUGGGAAUUCGGCCGAUGGGGAGGUUGAUUCUGAUUGAGGCGGGGAAGUUUACGGAAGCGGUGGCCGCGGUUGGGGAGUUCUUGAAGCCGCUAGGAGCUUGA